CAAUCAGAGAACUACACCAACCAUGGACGGCGGUCCAUCAUGUAUGGCCACUAAAUGAACGGUUCUGCUGGGGAGCACCCGUUAAUUACUGGCAUCGUUCGCGUGGAUGACCAUUUUCAGAAUCGCUGAGUUGGAUGACAAAGCCGAUGAUGGGUUCAUCGCUCCGGUGAAGCGGGCGCUAAAUAGAUUAAAUGCGCCUCUGGAUUUAUUAACCCCGUCACUGGCGGCGGGUGCUAAACAGGAUAUCUCGGCGUCUCCUCCUUGGUCACCCCAGCACAUGUGAGGUUUCCCUGGAAGCUUUGCCUAAGCCAUGGCUCUGGUGACUCUGCAGCGCUCCCCUACACCCAGCGCCGCAUCCUCAGCCAGCACCAACGCGGGGGAGGAUGUAGGCAGUGACGAUGAUCGAAAAGCAAUUCUGAGCUUGAGUGAAAGUUUCUUCAUGGUAAAGGGGGCAGCUUUGUUUUUACAGCAAGGCAGCAGUCCACAAGGGCCCAGGACACCCACCCAUCACAAAAACGCAGGGGAUCUACCACAGCACCUACAAGUAAUGAUAAACACCCUUCGCUCUGAGGACAAAAUCAAAUUGGCUGUUAGGUUAGAAAGUGGGUGGAUGGAUCAUGUGCGGUACAUGGUGGUUGUCUACACAAAUGGACAUGAAGACACUGAAGAGAACUUACUGCUGGGGAUGGAUUUCACAGAAAAGGACAGUAAAAGCAGCACUUUUGGGAUGACCCUUCCGCUGUGGAGCGACACCAAGAUCCACUUGGAUGGAGAUGGAGGUUUCAGUGUGAGCACAGCAGGAAGGCUGCAUGUCUUUAAGCCUGUGUCAGUCCAGGCCAUGUGGUCUGCCCUCCAGGUAUUGCACAAAGCAUGUGAGGUGUCCCGCAGGUACAACUAUUUCCCAGGGGGAAUGGCCCUCACCUGGGCUGGCUAUUAUGAGAGCUGCAUCUCCUCAGAGCAGAGCUGUAUCAAUGAGUGGAAUGCCAUGACAGAUCUGGAGACCACCCGGCCUGACUCCCCAGUCAUGUUUUCUGAUCAGCCAACUGAGAGAGAGAGAAAAGAGUGUAUGAUCAAAGCCAAACUCCGAAACAUAAUGAUGUUUCAGGACCUGGAAAAUAUUACUUCCAAGGAGAUCCGAAAUGAACUGGAACAGCACAUGAGCUGCAACUUGAGGGAGUAUAAAGAGUUUAUUGACAAUGAGAUACUGCUUAUCUUGGGCCAGAUGGACAAGGCUACACUCAUAUUUGACCACCUGUACCUGGGCUCAGAAUGGAACGCAUCCAGUUUGGAAGAGCUCCAAGACUCUGGGGUUGGGUAUAUCCUCAAUGUCACAAGAGAGAUUGACAACUUUUUCCCAAGUACCUUUUGUUAUUAUAACAUCUGUGAUUAUGAUGAUGAGACAACAGACCUGCUGGCCCACUGGAAUGAAACCUACAACUUCAUAGUUAAAGCCAAGAAAAACAACUCUAAAUGCCUAGUACAUUGCAAGAUGGGACUGAGUCGCUCAGCAUCCACUGUCAUUGCUUAUGCUAUGAAGGAGUAUGGAUGGUCGCUUGAGAAGGCACACAAUUUUGUCAAACAGAAGAGGAGUAUAGCACAACCCAAUCCAUCUUUCAUGCGACAACUGGCCGAGUAUGAGGGGAUUUUAGAUGCCAGCAAGCAGCAACACAAUAAACUCUGGCAACCGGAUGGUGAUGAGUAUUCAUUGGAGUGUCUCCAGGCCUCAGCUGGAAGUGGUGAGCUGCACCCUGAUCAGGAGGUGGCAGCUUGGGGCCGCGGAGGAGCAAGUUCUUCCCUCUGUUGUGGAGAUGAGCCAACAGACCAUCUCAAUUACAACUACUACUUCCGCCGGCUUUCUGACACCGCUCUGGACAGUGAACCCUCCACACCAGUUCGAGGUCCUCCACUUUUAGGCAUGGAGCGAGUCUUCAUUGAGAUUGAUGACGUUGAGAGGGAUGCAUUGUUGGAUGAUGAGGGUUUCCCCACAGCUCACUUGGCCGUUCCUGGGGAGGGAACAGCAGCACAGACCUGCAGCCGGAUGGAGCCUUUGGAGGACAUGCGUUUGCGGCUGGAGUUUAGCACAGUGGAGGAGGAGGAUGAAGAAGAAGCACAAAAAGAGGAAGCAGAGAUGGCAGCCUUAGCUCGCGGCGAGGAGACACCGAGGGAAGACGAGAGCCUGGCUAACUUGAACCGAUUUAACAACGAGAACGCCAACAACAGCAACAGGCUGGCUGGGAAACGCAGCUGCCCUUCCGGCUUUGACGACAGUGCUAGCAUUGGAAACCCCUUCAAAGUGAAGCCCUCAUAUCAGUCGUGCCGAGACUGCCUGCGCCUGCCCAGUGGCCGCCGCUGCGAACGUCGCACCCAUCGCCUUAACCUGCCACGUCACACUGGCCUGCCCAGUAUCUCCAUCCAGGCCUCUGGAGGAAACCAAUUCAGUACAAUUGCCAUCAAUAAGGUGCCUCCCCCUGCCCCUCGCCAUCACAUGUGCAGCGGACACUGCCAGUGCACAUGUUACUCCGGUGCUUCUGAAGUGGUGAGCUUGGACGCUUACUGCAAGCAACUGGCUUUGCCCAAGAGGUGCAAAGAUCUUCCUCAGGAUUUGCAAUAUUCCUUGGAGACUGAGGACAUGGAUGAGAGGCACAGAAUGGAGGGGGAAGAGGAGGGCAGCAAGGGAAGCUCCAGAAGUCCUACUACAGAGCUAACUCUCCUAAAGCUCAGUCUGGGUGGGGAGAGGCCUAUUGCCGAGCUCAGCCAGUGUACCUACCUGAAGACACAGAUCCCUCAGUCAGAACAUAUGGACUUGAGUGUAGAGGACACUGCCACAGAGCACAUGGAAGUGGAUGAGGGGACCGUCCCCAUGGACUCUGCCUCUGCUAAAUGCCCAGCACCACAGCAAACUUUCACACCAUGCUCCUCACCGCAGAGCUUUGCUCUGACGCGCAGCUCCAGCAGCAAAAGUCUGCAGAGCAUGCAGGGAGGGCAACCAGGCAUAGUAGGUCAGCGAGCCAAAGAGAUUGAGAGCCGUAUGCGGCUUGCAGGUCUAACCAUACCCUCCCAGCUCAAACGGUCAAAUUCACUGGCUAAGCUCGGUGAUUUGGCCAUCUCCACAGAGGACCUCACACUUUCUGCCACAGUCUCCAUUGACUACAAUGAGCAAGACCCUGCUCUUGGCAUGCAGUCAUCUUGCUCUCCCAAGCUCUCUUUAACUGUGUUGCAAAGUUUAAAAAGCUGACUUCUCAAAGAUGUCAGAACUGCUUUCUCAGUGAAUGGUACAGCUCCAAAACAAACCGACAAAUUCCUACAGCCACUGAGAGCUACGAUGGAGGCCGUUGCUGCAAGAAACCUCAUGAAAACAAUCAGGCCAGAGUUGGACCUCCUUCCAACUGCCCAUAACUGCACUGCAUUCCUCACGUGUUUGUCUGUGGUUUAACUUAGAUAUAUAUUAAAGAAGCAUGCUCUGGCUUGGAUCUUCAUUAUCGGCUUUGUUGAUAACGCUUUGCUUUUUCUUGCUAAAUAAAGCGUUACCUAUUAAGGUUUAAAAUACUUGUGAACCAUCUGUAGGUGUUUUAAUCCAGACCUAACAAAACCGGUAUAUAGGCUGAGUGCCUCUAUUGGCUAUGAUUUUCCUACAAUCCCUAAACUAUUUGUUUAGGGCUGAAAUAUUCAUUUGAUCUUGAUAAUUAAAUCUUACUAUUUUAAGAUACUUAAAAGGAAUAUUCCAGGUUCAAUACAAGUUAUGCUCAAUCAAUUGCAUUUCUGCCAUCAUUUUGUUUACCACAAAAUUUCAAAUUGACAGAAAAAUGUAUUUCGACUUGUCCCUCCUUGUCUUUAUAAAAGCAAAAAUCUGGGUUACAGUGAGGCACUUGCAAUGGAUGUGAAUGGGUUCAAUCCGUAAACACAAAAAUAUCCAUAUUUUGUAAUUCAAAAUUACAGCCACAAGACAAACAAUAUGAGUGUUAACAUGAUUUUUUGUGAUAAAAUCUCGCUUAUCUCUUUUGUGUAAAUUAUAUCCAGUUUUACAGCUUUGUUGCUGUGACAAUGUCAUGAACACUGAAACCCUAAAAUAACUGCAAAAAUGACAAUAUAAACAACUUUACAUCUCAAAUAAUACAUUAGUUUUAAGAGAAGAAUUACUGUUAAUGCUUUUAUAAAAUUAUAAGCUUUGCAUGUCUGCCUUUUAAACCCUCCAAAAAUUGGCCCCAUUUACUUCCAUUGUAAGUGCCUCACUGUAACCUCAUGUUUUGCUUUUUAAAGAAUAAUUUUUGUGCUAGUCAACAUUAUGCCAUAAACGUUGUUGAAUUAGGUUAAGCUGUAUUGAGCAUAUAAUAUUCCUUAAAUUGUAUUUUAAACCCAUUUUUGUCACAAUGGUUAGUAUUAUUACCAACAAAAAUUUACCAUCAAAUCUAAUUGUGCUGUUGCAGAGGAACCAUCAUGCAAUUGAAAAGAUGAGACAAAUUUAAUUGGUUCACAUAAUAGUUACAAUCCAUUGGAUACAAAUAUGAAAAAGCUGAACAUUAUGGCCAGGUGUUGUGAAAUGGAGAAAUAAACAGACCACUUGCAAUUUUCUAAUGAUCAUAGAAAUUUCCAAAUCAUCCAAUCAAAUUACUGGUUGGUCAAAUUCGAGUGGUAGACAAGUAUUUAUUGGUGAUUAAAAACUGAACCAGAUUAGAUGUAGACACUUACACAUAUUCAAGACAAGAUUUUAGCUAUAGCUAAAUUAAUUUAAUAAAACAAGGCGAUGAAUGACAUUUUAACCCAAAGCUUAUGCCUUACAAACAGAUAUUCAUACCUAUUCUGCUAUAAAAAAUUAAACACUGUAGUCAUUAAUAUUUUAGUGGCAACAUUGUUAAUGUCAGCGUUUUGUCUUCAACAGCAAUCAUCAAACCUUUUUGAGGAACUUAAACCUUAGAUUUCAUAAACAAAUUCAGUCUAUAAAUAAUUCUAAAUUUCAGUCUAAAUUCAUGAAAAUGUCUAUCGAAGCCACUGUGUUACUCCACCCUGAUAUUUACUUGAAUCGUUUGUUGUUUUUUAAAUUCAACCUAUGCCAUUUGCUAAAAUGACAACAUCAACAAAGCCACGUAAUCAGUCUUAUUUCCAGAGAAAACUGAAACAUGGAUGUUGUCGGCUAUUUGUAUUAGAAUGUUAAAUUUCGCUUCUCAUCUGGUGUUUUUCAGAUUAACUAGAUCUGAAAUGUACUACUACAGUACAGCUCUCUUGUAAUUUAGCUUAAGCUGUUUAUUGUACAAAUUGUAGCCUGUGAUGUGCAAAAAGGCUUUAGCAGCAACUCAGAAGUACAAUACAGUCUUCAAGUUAACCAGAAGAUGUUGAAAUGUGUCAUUAUAAUCCUUAAUAAGGUUGUUUUAAAGUGUCUCAUAUGAAACAACAUCAUGGCAUCUGAUAAUGACAGUCAUGUACAUUCAGUGUUAACAGGUUCAAGCAUUACAUUUUAUUAUGAAAUUGUGGUUAUAGGGACUCGCUUGAGAUGUCAAUUUACUACAAUUAUGCGUUUGAUAUGUGUACCAGAACACACAAAGUUUGAUCUGUGCUCUGAGGUAGAAACAAGUGCAUAAGUAUUGUUUGAACUUGACCUUAUUUCAGAAUGUUUUGAUAAUUAAUUUUAUUGUUUUUUUAUGUUGUUUACUAUGGUUAUUUUUUAACAUUUAAAAUAUGCAAAGUGGCCUGUGCAAUAAGUGUAAGGAAGAAUUUGAAGAGGAUCUUUUUUUAUUUACCGAGUAGUGUGAAAAAUCUUUUAAAUUCCAUUUAGGAAAAAGAAGAUGAGAGGUGAGAGAAGAGCACUGAGUGAAAUUCGAGUGCAAGCUUUUUAGUAUAGUCCACACGGGCUCAAUCACUACUGAAUGGAAACUAUGUACUGACUUUUGGAACUUAAUAUUGGCUUUGGGUUUGCUUUUGUUUUGUUGUUCUUUUUUCCUAUUUUAUUGUUGUAUGGUUGUGAUAAAUUUGAGUAUUUCUUUAUAUCAAAUAUUUUAUAAUAGCCAAAAUGAUGGCCUCCCAAAGAGAGUAAAGUUGUAUUCUUGCUUUCUGCUCAUGGCUUGUCAUACCUCCUCCCAGCUGCUGCUGAUGGAAGUACUAGACAUUUUUGUUUGUUUAAACAUGUAAGUGCCUUACCUGUUGCCAUUUGCAAUCAGUUGUCUAACCGUUCUUUGGUAAAACGGCUCUUUGAUUUUUCUUCACCCGGUAAUGGUCUUUUUAGAGCAAAGUUUAUUUUGAACAAAUACAUAUUUGUGGCUCAUUAAAGUCUGUUUGUCUCUUCAUUUUGAUAUGUCAUUUCAUUUUUUAGCAUAUGAGAUUUUCCAUUGUUGGGCAUGUUUGAAUGCACUUAGCUUACAAUAAAAAUCACUGGAAUAAAUGGAAUAUUGUCUUUAUCCCUAACUAAACAGCUCUUCUAAAGUGACUUGGAACAUACAUCAUGUGUUAAUUUUUUGACCAUUUUAAGUUGUGCUGCACUUUGUUUUAUAAUAAUGUCAUGUACAGAAGAUUAUAUAAAUAAAUUGU